AUGUCAAACGUUAUCAAAGCCGACAAGACUGCCUUGAUCACCGGAGCCGCGUCAGGCGUUGGCUUCGCCGUGGCCAAGCUAUGCCGCGAGAAAGGAAUGCACCUCGCCCUCCUGGACAAUGACAGGGACAACCUGUCCAAGGCAAAGGCGGUCCUCACCGAAAUAAAUCCAAAGUUGACCACCGAGGCUUACGCAAUGGAUGUCGCGGAUCAGUCUGCGUGGAAAGAUAUCGGCGAAAAGAUCUUGACGGUAUUCACUGAGAUCGAUCUGGUAGUGAUGAAUGCAGGAAAAGGGUUCAAACCAGAGGUACAAGAAGAUCGAGGACGAGUCAACCCUUGGGUUGACUCUGAGUACUGGGCAAGGACAUUUGCGACAAAUGUGUUUGGGCCAUUGAAAGGACUGGAAGCCAUUUUACCACUGGUGCUGGCAUCAAAGUCCAAGGACCCCAAGUCCAUCGUGGUGACCGGCUCCAAGCAGGGGAUCACCAACCCACCAGGGGGAGGCAACCCCGCUUACAACGCCUCCAAAGCAGCGGUCAAGAGUCUGACCGAGCAUCUCGCCUUUGACCUGCGUUCCGACCCAUCGACUUCGCAUAUUUCUGUCCAUCUCCUCGUUCCUGGCUGGACAUGGACUGGUCUAAUGGGUAACGUGGGACCAGUCAAGGAAGAAGAAGUGAAGAAGCCGGACGGAGCCUGGCAUUCGAGCCAGGUCGCCGAUGAAUUAUUCGCCGGUCUCGAGAAGGGAUCGUUCUAUAUCAUCUGCCCCGACGGGGAGACUGACCGUUCCCUGGAUCAAGCUCGAAUGAAAUGGGGAAGCGAAGAUGUAUAUGAGGACCGCCCGGCUCUCUCGCGGUGGGAGGACAACUGGAAGAGUCGUGCGGAGGAGGCCAUUCAAGCUGAUGCGAAAACUCGCAGGGGUUGA